AAAUAUAAUCAUUUGCAUUGUAGAUUCCAGUAAAAUAUGGAUGUGAAAUCAAAACAUUGGAAAACUCUAAGUACUAUGUGCUCAAAAAACAAAAAAUAAGCGCAAAAUGUCAGCUCAAAAUCUGCAUCUAUCUCAAAAGACUCUCGGUGUGACAUUUGGACUGUCGUCAGUGUGUUGUGUGUGAGUGUCGGGAUGUACGGCUAACAACAUGGUGACGCUGAUGCCGUGCUCCUACCUCGGCGGUGGAACUUCGCCAAGAUGCAGUCUGGACCCAGAGCCGAAGGCAAAAAGGCCAAGAACAGACACAAACACAGAUGUGCCUGAUAGAUUAUCCGGCGGAGUCAACAAUAGCCCGUGUGAGUCGGAGUCAACAUCCAACUCUCCGCCAUCACUACUUCAGGAUGCAACGUUGCCAGCGCUCCUAGUUUCUGGUUCUUCAACACUGUUCCAGAACACAGCAAGUUCAACGAAUUCAGCUUUGUGUCUGUCAGCUGUUGACAGCCUGUGCUUGCCUGGUAGUUCAGACGUGGAAAGCUGUGGUGUUACAAACGGAUGCACCACAAGCACAGCUUUGGGUGGACUAGCGUUGCCGCUGACGUCAGCUGGCGGAUUGUGUUCGACCUCCUCAUCGUCUGCAGUCGCCUGGUUGAUGAAUGAGGAUAGUGCAGGAGGAGUCAAGAGUGAGGUGCGCAGCCCAGGGCUGUGCGAGGGCGAAGUGGCGCUAUACGGAGAAUCACUUCCGUACGAACAAAGCACACUGCCUUACCAGUAUUACAAUAGUAUGCAACAAUAUGGUGGAGGGGGUGCUGCCUCAUCAUACGUUGGUUCAACGUUAUACAAUCAACCAUAUGGAGCAUAUCCGUCGCCGCACAAUACUAAUAAUAGCAGGUCGUCAUGUAAAGCGACGCCGACGUACCUGAGCGCAUACGGCGUGAGCGGGGUGAGCGGUGUGUCGAGUACCGGUUUCGCUGCGCAGCCCUCGCCUUACGCGUACUCCUCCUACAACGGUGGACUGUCGCAGUCCUUCCCGACCGCACAACAGGACUAUAGCAGCUAUGCAGCAGGAUAUGCAGAACAUAACGUGGCCCAAUAUGGUGGUUAUUACGCGACACCUAGUUAUUCUCCUUACGUCAGCUCGCCAAGCAGCAGUGGGAGUGCGGGACACACUUCGUAUCACUUAGGAGGAGCAUUAUCAGAUUCACCUUCAUCAAUGUUACCUGCUCUAACAGACACAAGUCCGCUGUCACCAAUAAAAAGUGAAAUCCAUGCGGCAAGCAGAAGAUGCAGGGAAAACUCUGGGGAAAGCACAACAAGCAGAUCACGAGGGCGAGGGAGACGUAACACAUCGUCAUCACCUGCUCAACACGUCCCUGAACCUGCCACUGACAGGGUCUUCAUAUGGGACCUUGAUGAGACAAUCAUUAUUUUUCAUUCAUUGCUAACGGGCACAUACGCUACUAAGUACAAUAAGGAUACACAACAGAUCAUUCAAUUAGGAUUUAGAAUGGAAGAAAUGAUAUUUAGCUUAGCUGACACACAUUUCUUCUUCAAUGAUGUAGAGGAUUGCGAUCAGGAGCACAUAGAUGCAGUAGCGGCAGAUGAUAACGGGCAGGAUCUGUCUGCAUACAACUUCGCCUCAGACGGAUUCCAUGCGGGAGCGGCACCUAAUACCGGAUUAUGUGCGCCUGGUGUCAGAGGCGGAGUAGAUUGGAUGCGAAAACUGGCUUUUAGAUAUAGGAAGAUCAAGGACACAUACAAUAACUAUAGAAAUAGUGUUGGAGGUUUACUGGGUACGGCUAAACGCGAACAAUGGCUGCAACUACGCGCUGAACUGGAACAUGCCACCGACAACUGGCUCACGCUGGCCUGCAAGUGUCUCAACAUGAUCCACGCCAGAGAGAACUGUGUAAACGUCUUAGUGACGACGACGCAGCUAGUGCCGGCGCUAGCUAAGGUCCUUCUGUUCGGCCUGGGAGGUGUCUUCCCCAUAGAGAACAUUUACUCAGCUACUAAAACAGGUAAAGAGACAUGUUUCGAGAAAAUUAAACAGCGUUUCGGCGAAAGAUGCACUUAUGUGGUCAUAGGCGAUGGACAGGACGAAGAAGCCGCAGCCAAAGCGAAAAACUACCCCUUCUGGAGGAUAUCCAGCCAUUCCGAUAUCGCGGCCCUAUACAACGCCCUGGAUAUGGGCUUCUUAUGAUUUGCUGCUAGCCUGAUACAUGUGAACCGUAAACUUAGUAUAUUUCUUAGUAAAUGGAUCGCGAUAUUUGAAUGCUUAGACGAAGAACCCCUUCUGGUGAUUUAGCCAUUCCGACAUCGUGGCUCUAUAUAAUGUCCUUGAAAUGGGCUUCUUAUGAUUUACUGCUGCCCUGGUUCAUGUGAAAAGUAAAAUUAGAAUAUUUGUUAUCGAAUGGGUCGAUAUAAGUUUGGGGCUUGUUUUUCACUAUUUAUCAUCAUCAUUCAUUAUACUCAUAACAAUACCCGCAUAACCUUAUACAAAAACAUUCUUUUUAUUGCCGUGUAAUGGCGUAAUGCAUAUAAACUUAUAUCUAAAAUAUCAGCUACCGAAGUCGGAAGUCAGAUUUUAUUUUACAGAAUCGCUUCUACACUGCUUAAUCAAAUGUCUAAAUUUCGAACUGAUUUUCGAAGAUCUACAUAUAUAUUAUCUACAUAUAUUCGAUUUUACCGCCCAGCUGUAUCGAUUAAUGCCGACCCGCUUUUCUAUAGCUACCCUUAUAUUUGGUUUAGUAUGAAUAAAAUGAUGAAUGUGUAAAACAAGCCGCGAAUCUUUCAAUAUUGACGCGAAGUUAAGUCGAGUCGACUACUCUUUAGAGUUUCUGCUUGCCUGGUACAUAUCUUGUUAGGGUAACUACUAUAGUUUUCUUUAUGUGAAAUGAU